AUGAUCUACACCAAUGUCACAAGGAUGAAAAGCUUCUUCAUCCUUGGAUUCCCUGGACUUUCACAACCGUAUUAUGGACCUGUGUCGGCUCUGUUUUUCUUCAUCUACCUAGCUAUUGCAAUUGGAAAUAUUUUCAUUUUAGCAUUCGUGAUGUGUGAGAAGUCCCUUCAAAAACCAACAUAUCUGGUCUUUUGUCACCUGGCACUGAAUGACUUAACAUUUGGCACUGUGACUCUCCCAAAGAUCAUAUCAAAAUAUUGGUUUGAUGAAAGCUUAAUUUCAUUUUAUGGGUGCUUUACACAGAUGUUUUUUGUUCAUUAUUUAGGAUCUGCGCAGUCUUUCAUCUUGUUGGUAAUGGCUCUGGAUCGAUUUAUUGCAAUUUGUAUUCCACUGCGUUAUCCUGUCCUCAUCACAAACAACAUCAUAUCUGUGCUCUGUGGCUUUGCCUGGUUUAUACCAGUGUCUUUGAUGGUGACCAUUGUACUCCAUACACUCACAUUACCUUUCUGUAAAGAUAAUGUCAUUGCUCAGUGCUAUUGUGACCACAUUUCUAUAACACGUCAGGCAUGUGGAGAGGAUGUUAUAAUAGUACAGGUUACUACUCUUGUUAUGGCCAUGUUUAGUCUCUUGCUUCCUCUUGCAUUUAUCUUGUUUUCCUACAUUUCCAUCAUUGUGGUUAUUUUAAAAAUGUCCAACGCCACAGGCCGCAAAAAAACCUUAUCAACUUGUACCCCACAAAUAUUCAUCACUUGCCUUUUUUACCUUCCCAGAUGUUUUGUUUAUGUAGCAAAUACUAUAGGAUUUGCUUUCAGUUUAGAUAUUCGCAUUUUAUUGAUAUUGUUGUACAGUCUUUUUCCUGCUGCUGUUAAUCCAAUCAUAUAUUGUUUCAAGACUCAGGACAUCAAGCAGACUUUGAUAACAAAGCUGAAAAAAACUAGAGUUGGGAUUGAGAUAAAACUUGCAUAUUAA